AUGCUACUUGGUGUGGUGCUGAUAUCUUACAGUUCAAUUACGGUGUUAUUUCGUUGGAAUAUGUUCCCCAGGCAAACGGGUAGGAUUUCCUACUUCUGGAAAGGCGUUUUGAGCUGCCUGCCGGCUUUUAGGGGAUAUGUGUUGCAUGAGGUCAGUUCUGGAACUGAAACUCUAUUAUGGAAGGAUAGUUGGUUUGCGGGACGGGCACCUAUGUUCAUCUGGCCGGAGGAAUUCAAAAGGGCUAGUGAGCCCAAUGGAACGGUGUGCGAGAUGGGUUACCUCCUAAACCAGGCCUCUUUUUCUGGGGAGGAAGAUAGUCGGUACUACAGGGCUAGAUUAACGGAUUUUGAUGGGGCGGCAGGAGAUAGAAAGAGGUGGAGGUUGAAGUCUUUCUACACGUUUCUCAUUGAUGGUGGUGUGCAUUACCCCAUUGCUCGGUUCUUCUGGAGAAAGCCAUGUCCGAAGAAAGUUAGUCUGUUUAACUGGUUAGCUGAGAAGAAUAAGAUUCUCACCAUGGACGUUCUUGCGAGAAGGAGUUACAAUCGCCUCCCUACGACGACCUGUGUCCUGUGUAAUUCGGCCUUAGAGUCGCCUGACCAUCUCUUCUUACAUUGUUUGGUUGCUAGAAAGGUGUGGGGGUACUUCGUGCAUUUACUGCAUCUUCCAGACCCUCCUGGGUCUAUGCAGGAGAUCUGGCGGGGUUGGCGAACCUCGAUUCGGGCUAACUUUAGGGAGAUUGGGGGCUUAGUUGCUAAGGCUAUUGUGUGGAAUAUUCGGCUUGUUAGAAAUGAUUGUAUCUUUAAUGCCAACUAUUUGUCUACGCAUGCUCUUGUUUUGAAGAUUGACCGUAUAUUGAUAUCUUGGCUCUCUUCAGUUGUCGAAGGUUCGCGAGAGAUGAUGGAGGAUCCUAUUGCCAUGUUUCGACAGAGCACGGAGGCCCUAGGGAUCAGUGGUGUGGUGUAUGGCGGAGAUCCUCUCGCUGGGGUAGAUCAAGAUCUUCUAUCGGACUAG